AAAAAGAUUCCCAAUUCCAUCAAAAGACUGCAACUUGCCUAAAGAAUAAACAAAAUUUUGCUACUAUUUCCUCGCAUGUUGAUUUGUUCUAUCUUCAUUGGAUUAUAUUCUUAAAAAUCCCAAAAGCAAAAAAAUAAAAAUUAAAUAAAAAAUAUUCACUGCGUUUACCACUACUGAUAUCCCCUUUUAAUUAAAAAAAACAUUUCCUCUUUGUUCUUUCCAUCACAUGAUCACAUCGCAGACCCAAAAAGGGAACUAUUAUUAGGUGAGUUGUUUAAUCCAAAUUUGAUUUGAUUGUUAUGUAUUUGAAGAAGUGAUUAAUCAAUUAAUCAAAUUCUUGUUAUGAAAUUUGGGAAAGAAUUUACAACGCAUUUAGAAGAAACCCUACCUGAAUGGAGGGACAAAUAUUUGUGUUACAAACCCCUGAAGAAACUUCUCAAACACCUUCCUUCUACCGCCGAUAAUAAUCUUCCUGACGGUGGCGACAAUCCUCCUCCGCCUCCACCGCCGCCGCAUUUGCAGGAUUGGUUUGUCAGAAUUCUCAAUGAGGAACUUGAUAAAUUCAACGAUUUCUAUGUUGAUAAAGAGGAGGAAUUCAUUAUUCGCCUCCAGGAAUUGAAGGAACGAAUUGAAAGAGUGAAGGAAAAGAGUGGCAAAGAUGGAGUUAUCACAAAAGAUGGUGAAUUUAGUGAUGAAGUGAUGGGUAUACGUAAAGACUUUGUUGCCAUACAUGGCGAGAUGGUUCUUCUCAAAAAUUACAGCUCUCUAAAUUUUGCAGGUCUUGUUAAGAUUUUGAAGAAGUUUGAUAAACGAACUGGGAGAUUGUUGCGUCUUCCUUUCACACAACUUGCUCUUGAUCAGCCCUUCUUUGUGACGGAGCCUCUAAAUAGAUUAGUCCGUGAGUGUGAGGAAAAUCUUGAGCUCCUAUUUCCUUUGGAAGCAGAAGUUGUAGAAUCAGAUGCCACUGCAGAAGAUGCAACAGGAGGAACUACUCCUAAUACUUCAAAUGUUUCUCCAUCAUUGUCACUUGGGGAAGAAAAUGUGGAUAUAUAUCGAAGUACACUUGCAGCAAUCAAAGCUAUUCAGGGACUGAAGAAGGCAAGCUCCACAUAUAAUCCACUAUCGUUUUCAUACAUAUUCGGUAACCAAGAUAAUGAUAACACAGGCGCUAUAACUGCAGAAAACUCUGAUUCGGAUCCGUUUGUUGCCUCUCAGAGUGAUAAAGAGACAGAUCAAGAGGAUUCCAAUCCCCUAGAAUAGAGUUCACCAUUCUAGUUUGCUUAUUGGUCUUCACUUAGUGUGUAUUGUCGUAGACUGAGGGAGAUAGAAUGGUUUGCUUUUUCAUUUUAUACUACUGUUCUGGAAUAACUUGCUUGCUCCCUUUUUAACUUUUAGCACUGACGGGACUUUAGUGAUUCUUGGAUUACAAAAGCUUGUUGAUUAUCUAGAACCCUCAAUCUGACUUUUAUGUCAUAAGUUUUGAUGAUUAAUAAUGUGAAAUGUGUUAUAAUAUA